GCGCGACCCAUUCGAUAGAAGCGAUAGAAGGAAAACACUCCUUACUUCAAUUCCAAAGCGAGUGUCCCUCAUUUGAUGGUCAACCGUAUGUUUUUUCAUUUUUUUCGGGCUUGAAUCUUUUCAAAUAUUUUUGUGCAAUUCCGAAACACUUUGAAUCGAACAGCGUGACACUUGUGAUCGAGGCCAUGUGGUGUAAUGCUUCAAUUAAUCGAUUACAUGAUUCCCCGUUAAACUCCAGCUGACUACAUUUGAGGUUUACUCAGCUCCAAGGUUUCAAUCGACAAACUCGUUCCUCUUCGCAUUAAAAAAUUACCUUUUGCGGACUUGAGACAAUUGUAAUGGGAAACAGAAAUUAAGCGCCCUCAAUAAAAUAGCCUCAUACCCAUUAUUUCUACUUCGUGUGUUGCUCAGUGAUAGUUUUGCGUGUUUGAUCAGAGCUAGAUAGAAAUUUAUUGAUUAGACAAGAGUCAGUUGUUCUGCAUGACACGGAGAAACUGAAUGAUCAUGGCAUCGUUGCAGCAAAACGCUAAGAAUUCGCAGGACAAGUCGUCUAAUUCCACACAUACAUCAAUGGAGCCUAGCGUGACGACAGCGUCUGAGAAUGGGGUGAAAAAGAGAUUCGAGGAUAUUAAAAAAUCACCGAACGAUAAAAGGGUCUACAGAGGCUUGAUCCUGAAUAAUGACAUGAAAGUAUUGCUGAUAAGUGAUCCAACAACCGACAAGAGUGCAGCGUGCCUGGACGUUAACAUUGGAGUCAUGAGUGAUCCAGCGGAGCUACCAGGUCUCGCACAUUUGUGUGAGCACAUGCUCUUCCUCGGUACCGAGAAGUAUCCAGAUAAAAAUGAGUAUACCUCUUAUUUAUCCCAGCAUGGAGGUGCAUCCAAUGCAGCUACGCAGUUGGAUCACACGACUUACUACUUCGACGUGACUCCGGAUAAGUUGGAAGGGGCUCUGGACAGAUUUUCCCAGUUUUUCCUCAAGCCUUUAUUCACAGAAUCCAUGACGGAUUUGGAGAUCAAUGCUGUGCACUCUGAGCACGAGAAAAAUAUAGCUCAGGAUUCGUGGAGGGCUGCCCAGUUGGAUAAAUCCUCAGCUGAUCCGAAACAUCCUUACUCCAAAUUUGGGACUGGCAAUCGGGAGACUCUGGACUUGACUCCUAAGGCGCAGGGACUCAAUGUUAGAGACGAGCUGCUCAAGUUCCAUGGAACGUGGUAUUCUGCCAAUAUCAUGGCGCUGAGUGUCCUGGGAAAAGAGAGCUUAGAUGAUCUGGAGAGAAUGGUAGUGAAGAUGUUCGUAGAAGUGGAAAACAAAGGAGUAGAUGCUCCCGAAUGGCCAGAUCAUCCAUUCAACGAGGAUCAUUACGAACAUAAGUGGUAUAUUGUUCCAGUCAAGGACGUGCGAACACUGAACAUGAUUUUCCCACUCCCUGAAUUGCGAGAUCACUAUAAAUCUGCUCCUGCACACUACGUCUCUCACCUCCUCGGUCAUGAGGGCGAUGGUUCGUUACUGUCAGUUUUGAAAAGACAAGGCUGGUCAAACUCUCUAGUGGCCGGAAAACGAACAGCGGCCAGGGGUGGAGUUAAUUUCUUCAACGUCAUUGUUGACUUGACGGAAGAGGGAAUUACACAUAUCGACGAUAUAAUUUCACUCAUGUUCCAAUAUAUUAAUAUGCUGAAAACUGAAGGCCCAGUUCGAUGGAUUUUUGAGGAAUGCAGGCAGAUAGCGCAAAUGGAUUUCGACUUUAAGGAAAAAUCCUCUCCCCGAACCUACGUGAACCAGACAGUCCAAGCACUCCAAAAAUACCCAAUGGAGGAAGUCUUGAGUGCCCCCUAUCUCCCAACCGAAUGGCGUCCAGACUUAAUAACACUGAUAACCGAUCACCUCGUCCCCCAGAAGAUUCGAAUACAUGUUGUUGGAAAAGCAUUUGAACCAAUCGCCACAGAAUCCGAGUUGUGGUACGGAACGAAAUUCAAGAAGGAGAAGAUCCCCGAUUCAGUCAUCACGCGAUGGUCGAGCCCUGGCCUUCACCAAGAUCUCAAAUUUCCGUCGAAAAACGAGUUCAUCCCGACAGCUUUCGAAAUCAAAGCAAAUGAAAAUUCUCACAUCGAUAAAUUCCCAGUCAUAAUAGAGGACAAUCCCUUCAUGAGAGUCUGGUUCAAGCAGGACGAUGAAUUCCUCCUUCCAAAAGUCAACUUGACAUUCGAUUUUGUCACUCCCCUGGCCUACCUGGACCCAGUCAGCUACAAUUUAACAUUUAUGUACAUUCAACUGUUCAAGGACUCCCUGAAUGAGUACGCAUACAAUGCGGGUUUGGCGGGUCUGAGUUGGGAAUUCACCAGCAGCAAAUACGGUGUAUCACUAGCCAUAGGUGGAUAUCACGAUAAACACAGAAUUCUCCUCGAAAAGAUCAUGGAUAAAAUGGUCAACUUCACAGUCGACAAACAGCGUUUUGAAAUAUUGAAAGAACUGUACAUUCGAGAACUGAAGAAUUACGGGGCAGAGCAGCCGUAUCAACACGCUGUUUAUUAUCUAGCGGUUCUGCUUGCUGAGCAAGUAUGGACCAAGGAGGAACUUCUCGAUGCGAGUGAUGACAUCACAGUGGAGAGAUUGGAGGCAUUUGUGCCUCAGUUGUUGUCGAAAAUGCAUGUGGAGAGUUUGGUUCAUGGAAAUUUGACAAAGGCCGAGGCCCUGGAGACCGUGAGACUCGUUGAAUCUAAAUUAACGGGGGAUCCAACGCGUCAAGACAAGAGGAGACUCAUACCUCUGCUGCCCAAGCAACUUAUGCUCUACAGAGAAAUUGAUUUGGAGGAGGGCUGCCACUUCCUCUACGAAGUGGAGAAUAAACUUCAUAAAUCAUCUUGCACGGAGGUUUAUUAUCAGAGUGGUUUACAGUCAACUGAAUCCAACAUGCAUCUGGAGUUACUCGCACAAAUAAUCUCAGAGCCAUGCUUCACUGUUCUGAGGACCAAGGAACAGCUGGGGUACAUCGUAUUCAGUGGGAUCCGGAGGACUAAUGGGGCACAGGGAUUGAGGGUCAUUGUACAGAGUGACAGACAUCCUCAGUAUGUGGAGGAGAGGAUAGACGCAUUUAUGGAAUCGAUGCUGGAGCGCUUGGUCAACAUGUCAGAGGAGGAAUUCAACAGGCAUAAGACCUCACUCGCUGCUCAGAGGCUCGAGAAACCAAAAAUGAUGAGCACUCUGUCCGCUGUUUUCUGGAGUGAAAUUUCUAACCAGCAGUAUAAUUUUGAUCGUGCUAAUAUUGAAGUUGGUUAUCUCAUGACCAUCAAUAAGGAACAGAUUAUUUCAUUCUUCAAGGAAAUUGUUUACAACAAUUCACCAACCAGACGUAAGCUCGCUGUCCAUGUGAUCUCAACAGCCAGUGGGGGUGCUGGAUGCGAAAAGAAUACUACCAAGGAUAACGGAGAGGAGAGCAAAGAGGCACGUGCAACCAGCGCUACGAAGAUCACGGAUGUAAUUGCCUUCAAAGCCAGUCAAUCAUUGUAUCCCCUGCUGAAGCCCUACAAUAAUAUUCCGAGGAAAGGACAGCGGUCUAAGCUGUAGCAGCUCGAGUAUUUUCAUUGUGAAAUCAAUUUAAAUCAUGUACAAUAAUGCAAGUAAUUCUGUAAUUAAUAGAUGGAAAUGUUCGGCUUAGCACGCAACACAAAAAUAAAUUUGGUUAUAUUGUUGUUUUGGUAAAAAUA